UAUCUCCUCUGCCUUUUCCAGGAGCUUCCUUACUCACCUGGACAUCACCAGUUCCCCGUGGCAGGCACAGCUCCGGCAUGAACUGUGGGCUGCCUGAGCCUGCCCUCCGCCUGCCCUGAGCCCCUGCACCAGCGCUGCUGGCAGGGAGCUGCAUCCCCGGCCAUGGAGAAGACCUACUCGCUGACAGCGCACUACGAUGAGUUUCAGGAGGUGAAGUACGUGAGCAAGUACCAGAGCGGGACGCUGCCCAACGGCUUCGCGCUCCAGCUGGGCGCAGGGGCCAAGAAGCGCCGUGGGGGGCUGCCCCGCUGGAGCCGCCGGGAGGUCUGCCUGCUCUCAGGGCUGGUCUUCGCUGCGGGGCUCUGCGUCAUCUUGACGUGCAUGUUGGUCCUCAAGUACCUGGCGACCGAAGGGGACAGCUACUGCCUGGAGGGGUGCCAGGAGAAGAAGGCCUUCCUGCGGGCAUCCCGCUUCCUAAGUGCCAACAUGGAUGCUACCAUCGACCCCUGCCAGGACUUCUACUCGUUCGCCUGUGGCGGCUGGCUCCGGCGGCACGGCAUCCCCGAGGACAAGCUGGUGUACGGCACCAUCGGGGCCAUUGCCGAGCAGAACGAGGCCAAGCUGCGGGCGCUGCUGAGCCGGCCCGUGCGGCGCCGGGCCCGCGCCUCGGCAGAGAGGAAGGUCAAGGAGUUCUUCCGCUCGUGCCUGGACCGGGCCGAGAUCGAUCGGCUCGGGCCCCGGCCCAUGCUGGAGGUCAUCGGGGAGUGCGGUGGCUGGGACGCCCCUCCGGAGCGCAGGGACAUCAACGAGCUGCUCUACAAGACACAGGGUGUCUACAGUGCUGCCGUGCUCUUCUCCCUCACCGUCAGCCUGGACGAGAGGAACACCUCCCGCUACGUCAUCCGGCUCAAGUGGAAGCGCUUGCUGGAUCGCAUCUUCCAUGACAGCUUCUCGGAGGAGGAGGAGGUGGUGCUGCUGGCCAACGACUACAUGCACAAGGUGUCCAACCUCAUCCGUGUGACACCCAGCAGGAUCCUUCACAACUACAUGCUGUGGCGCAUCGUGGUGGUGCUGAGCGAGCACCUCUCCACCCCCUUCCGCGAUGCCAUCCACGAGCUCUCCAAGGAGAUGGAGGGCAAUGAGAAGCAGCUGGAGCCGGGUAAGAUCUGCCUGAGCCAGGCCAAUAAGCACUUUGGAAUGGCCCUGGGAGCUCUCUUCGUUGAGGAGCACUUCUCCUCUGCCAGCAAAGCCAAGGUGCAGCAGCUGGUGGAGGACAUCAAAUACAUCCUCGACCAGCGCUUGGAUGAGCUGGACUGGAUGGACGAGGAGACACGGAGAGCAGCCAGGGCGAAGCUCCGGUACAUGAUGGUGAUGAUUGGGUACCCUGAUUUCCUCCUGAAGCCAGAGGCCAUUGACAAGGAAUAUGAGUUUGAGGUGAAUGAGAAGACAUACUUCAAGAACAUCCUCAACAGCAUCGCCUUUGGCAUCAGGCUCUCAGUGAAGAAGAUCCGGCAGGAGGUGGAUAAGUCUGCAUGGCUGCUGCCGCCCCAGGCACUGAACGCCUACUACUUGCCCAACAAGAACCAGAUGGUGUUCCCUGCUGGCAUCCUGCAGCCCACGCUCUACGACCCCGAGUUCCCGCAGUCACUGAACUAUGGUGGGAUUGGCACCAUCAUUGGGCACGAGCUGACCCAUGGCUACGAUGACUGGGGGGGACAGUACGACCGGCACGGGAACCUGGUUCACUGGUGGACGGAGCGGUCGUACAGCAAGUUCCUGAAGAAGGCGCAGUGCAUCGUCAACCUCUACGACAACUUUACUGUCUACAACCAGAGGGUGAAUGGCAAACACACACUGGGGGAGAACAUCGCUGACAUGGGGGGGCUCAAACUUGCCUACUAGGUGAGUGUCCCCCCACCCUGGGUGUCCCAGCCAUGGGCAGCUGCUUCUGACACCCCUGUUGAGGGGGAGAUGCCCCAAAUCCUCCUUACAACCUGCAGCAAGGAGUGUUCAG